UGUCGCGAUCAGCUAACGGCAUACAUACAGAGCAAACUUCAUUUGGACUCUCUAAAGCGGCGGAUGCGUCUUACUUGCUAUCUCAUUUCUUUCCUCUCUUUCUUCUCCAGUCAGGUGGCGGAACAGUGCACAUCCCAGGGACUACAGCAUUGCCGCUGGAUUUAACAGCCCGAGCAGAUUUUUCCCCUCUUUUUUUGUUUCCCCCCUUUUUCUGUUUGUUUAAAACUGCGAGGAUGUCUGGACAGAGCAUAACGGACCGUAUAACGGCAGCGCAACACAGUGUUACCGGUUCCGCGGUGUCCAAAACGGUGUGCAAGGCGACCACGCACGAAGUCAUGGGGCCAAAGAAAAAGCAUUUGGACUAUCUGAUCCAGUGCACCAACGAGAUGAAUGUGAACAUUCCUCAGCUGGCCGACACGCUGUUCGAGCGCACCACCAACACCAGCUGGGUGGUCGUGUUCAAAUCCCUCAUCACCACACACCAAAUUAUGGUCUACGGCAACGAGAGAUUUGUACAAUAUCUAGCCUCCAGGAACACAUUAUUCAACCUCAGUAAUUUUUUGGACAAAAGCGGGUUACAAGGAUAUGACAUGUCCACCUUCAUCCGGAGGUACAGCCGCUACCUGAACGAAAAGGCAGUCUCAUACAGACAAGUGGCUUUCGACUUCACAAAAGUAAAAAGAGGGGCGGAUGGCGUAAUGAGAGCUAUGAACACAGAGAAGCUCCUAAAGACCAUCCCUAUCAUCCAAAACCAGAUGGAUGCACUCCUCGACUUCAAUGUAAAUGCCAACGAGCUCACAAACGGGGUCAUUAAUGCUGCAUUCAUGCUUCUGUUUAAAGACGCCAUCCGUCUGUUUGCAGCCUACAAUGAAGGGAUCAUCAACUUGCUUGAGAAGUACUUUGACAUGAAGAAAGCCCAGUGUAAAGAAGGCCUGGACAUCUAUAAGAAAUUCCUCACUCGAAUGACGAGAAUCUCAGAGUUUCUCAAAGUGGCAGAGCAAGUGGGAAUCGACCGAGGGGACAUACCAGACUUAUCACAGUUUACAGUUUGUGCCCCCAGUAGCCUUCUGGAUGCCCUUGAGCAGCAUUUGGCUUCAUUAGAGGGGAAAAAAGUCAAAGACUCCACGGCCGCCAGCAGAGCCAGUGCGCUGUCCAAUGCGGUGUCCUCCCUGGCCAACACGGGUAUCUCUUUCACCACAGUUGUUGAGAGGGAAAAGCAGGCAGCUCUGGAGGAGGAGCAGGCUCGAUUAAAAGCACUUAAGGAGCAGCGCCUGAAGGAACUGUCCAAGAAGCCCUCCACGACUGCUGCAUCUCCCAUUUCCACGGCGACGGGCACCAUCAGUUCUGCCCCUGCCAUCGACCUGUUCUCCACACCCAGUAGCUUCACUAACAGUACUCUGAAGGUGCCGAACGAUCUGUUGGACCUGCAGCCCACGUUCCAGCCCUCCCUGCCUCUCUCCACCGGCCUGCCUUUAGCCAACACAUGGGGAGAUCCUUUCACGUCUACAGAGGCUGUUGACGGCUCCAUUCCAAACUUAAAUCCUUUCCUUACAAAACCAGUUGUUGAUCCUGUCCAUCUGCCUGUUGUGUCUUCAGAUGCUGUUAGUUUUUCCUCUAGGACACCCAGUCAUGAAAUGUUUGGUGAUAAUUACAAUCCCUUUAUUGAUUCAAGCUGUCCUGUUGCAUCACCCGUCGAGCCCUCUGCUCGGAUGGGCUGCUUCCUCUCAGACUCGUUCUGCUCUCCAGCUGCCUACCCUAACACUCCUCUCUUCCACUCUGAGCCCUCCGCUGUAGCUGGACUAUUCGGAGGGUUCUCUGCACCUCCCGCCGCCCAGCCUCCCAGUUCGACAGGCCUUAAUGUCGACUUUGACUCCGUGUUCGGCAAUAAGUCGGCCACCAACAGCACAGACUCUGCUGGUGGCAUCCUGAAACCCACAGUGGCCUCUCCCAACCAGGGCCUGAGUGCCCAACAGCCAGGCAAACUGGUUUCCGAUGACUUGGAUUCCUCCCUUGCCAAUCUUGUGGGCAAUCUCGGUAUUGGAAAUGGAACCGCAAAUAAUGACAUUCACUGGAGUCAUCCUGGUGAAAAGAAGUUGACUGGAGGAACCAACUGGCAACCAAAGAUGGCUCCGACCACAACAUGGAACCCUGCCACCAUGGCUACUUCUAUCAUGGCCUUCCCUGCCACAACGCCCACAGGAAUGAUGGGAUACGCAAUGCCCCCUCACAUGGGCUCCAUGACCAUGAUGACCCAGCCCACCAUGAUGUACACUCAGCCUGUGAUGCGGCCGGCCAAUCCCUUCGGCCCAGUCUCAGGGGCACAGCUCUCUACAGCCUCUAGUCCUUCCAGUUCAAGUCCCCUCAGAGCUCCGGGACAGGACCCUUUUGCACAGCUGUCUCUGAAGGAUUUCCUUUAGAGCGUCUUUAGAUGCAGUUCAUGUAGGUGAAGGAGUGUCGAUGCUUCCCAAGGAUGAUUUAUACGGCAAAUCUCAAACCUUUAAUCUCUCUCCAGUUGGCUAUUCGACUCUUCAUGGAGAGUUCUGCCCCAGUACAAUCCUGUACAGGAAUCAGAGGGAGGGGUGGGGAGGGGCUUUAUGGGAUAUGACGGGUGGGGUUGGGAUGGGUAAGACUCUGUUACCCAGAGAUGGAGGACACAGCGCUCACUUUGUAAUUUGUCGCUGUAACAGUUAUUGUACCGAUCUGCAUCUGUAACGAAACUCAUGGGUGUUGAGAGAGCGCGAGUGCUGGAAUGUGGUGGGUUUUCACUCAAACACGGCUUCACUUUUUUUUCCAUGGAAUGGCAAAAAGAGGAAUCAGGGAGGGAUUUUGGUGGUCUUUAUCCGAUUACCAAACAAGCAUUACCUGAUUUAACCAUCACCCAUUAGAAAUUCUAACAUUGGUUUCUACUAUGAUUUCUACUUUAUUUUUAUUUUUUGUUAUGAGGUUUGCAGUAGACAUUCCUUGUGUAUUGUCUGUAUUUAUUUAUGAUUUACCCAC